AUGGAAAGUGCCACAUCUGUGAAAGAUUUGCAGGAGAGUGUGACAAAAGAAAAGGAAUUUGCACAAAAUGUAAGCCUGGUUUUUUCCAACCUCCAUAUUGUUAUAGAUGCAGAGAGUCAAUCCGACAUUGCUCCCAGUGCAGCAAUACUCAAAUAUGUGACAAAUGUGAAUCUGGAUACCAUGGCACUUGGCAAGGGGACAGUCUCUUCCUAUGUUUACGUCUUAGGUUUGACGCCGAAUCGAAAACAGGCCUCUUCAUUACGAAGCGAUCGCCUUUCUAUUCUACGAUUGAACGUAAUAAGAAAAAAUAAGAUUGCUGGUGCAGCACUCUUACAGGAACAUGAACCUAGAGAAGAGCAGCCGUUAAACCAUGUUGUACCACAGAACAUUCUUCGGAACGAGGCCAACACGAUAUUUCUCGAAGAAAUAACUGAGGCAGACGACAUUGUUCUAGAUGAAAUGAAAAGUCUAGAUGUAGAAUAUACUAAUACUUUAGCUCAUAGGAUCCCCGUGGACAAGUUCAUUGAGUACCGCAGCAUCAGACGUGAAAACAACGUCUUUGAAGAAGAAGAAUUUGCGAAAAUACCGACAGGACUAAUGGAACUAUACACAGAGGCUGUAAAGAAAGAGAACAUUUCUAAAAACCGCUAUAGAUACGUAUAUCCUUAUGAUUUUUGUCGGAUUGUACUUAGCACUUCCGAAGAACAAGGAAGAAAUGACUAUAUUAAUGCUUGUUAUGUCGAGGGUAUUAAAGGAGAUUCUACCUAUAUUGCAGCCCAAGGACCAUUUACUCCCACAACAUUGAUUGAUUUCUGGAGGAUGAUUUGGCAGGAAAACAGUUCAAGAAUUGUGAUGCUAACAAAUUUAUUUGAAGGCGAUCAUAUGAAAUGCCUGAAGUACUGGCCUGAGGCAGAAGAUAAAAUUGGUGACUUUUUAAUUCGAUUGGAAUCACAAGACGUUUAUGAAAACUACACAAUAAGACACCUGGUUGUGCAGCAGGUCGAGAGCGAGGAUAAAAACCCAAACGAAGUUAUUAAAAAAUUGACCCAGUUUCACUUCACUAGUUGGCCUGAUUGUGGAGUUCCGUCCGAUGUUAAUAGUCUUCUCUGUUUUCGGGACUUUGUGAAAAAUGACAGACCUGAUGCUGACGGUCCAAUAAUUGUUCACUGCAGCGCAGGUAUAGGGAGAACAGGGACCUUCAUUGCUCUGGAUUAUUUGUUGGAGGAAGGAUCUACAAUGAAGAGUGUGGAUAUCAUCAACUGUGUAUCCAAACUCAGACAGCAAAGGGCACAUUCAAUACAAACUAAGGCGCAGUACAUCUUUCUCUAUGACGCACUUGUUCAAGGAUUGAAGAAUAUUAGAAGAUAGUCAUUGUAUCAACUUGUCGAUGAAAUUGGAAACCACGUCGCUUUUU